AUGGACAGACCUGCCACGGAUUACGCGCAGUCAGGUUUGAACUCUGCAUCUCCAAACUUGGCGCAACCAGAAUCUGAACAGUCAGCUGCAGACCAGACUACUGCUGCGGCCGCUGUUGCGUCUCCCCAAUACAACUCCUCGCCCGCAGAGAGCAGAGCGCCUGCUCAGUACACCUCCCCAACCGACUCUCGUCCCGCCAGCAACACCGCUGCGCAACCGGAUUACGCCCUCAACCAAGCCGGCCAACCUCCCCCACCGCCCUCGGUUCGGCAGCCAGCCCCUUACCCGGAAUACCUCGCUCGACAGCCUCAAUACCACCACGCGCCUCAUACCCAAGCCGGCGGCGCGGCAGGUAUGGCUCAAGCAACAAGUCCGUCCAUGAACCUGCAAGAUGAGCAGCAAACUGGCCAUCGCAAUCCCAGCCAAGUAAAGUCUGACACGGACGUUCCUAUAGAUCCUUCAAUUGCGGCGGCGAGCCCAACCUAUCCUCCUCCUUACUCCCCGUACCAGCCCCAAGGCCACGAGAUGGCUCAGUAUCAAGGCCAUCCGCCCCCUCAAAUGUACGCGCGCCCAGAUUGGCCUCAUCAGUAUGGACAGCACCAAGGUCUGCCCGGUCCAUACUCUCCGGCAACGACCGUAGGGACUGCUUCGCCCGCGACCACGGCAGGACCUCGCCCAGGACAAGUAUAUUCCUUUGUUCCUAUCCCCGGCUCCCAGCAGCAUAAACGACCGCGACGAAGAUACGAAGAAAUUGAACGAAUGUACAAAUGCGGAUGGAAUGGAUGUGAGAAAGCUUACGGCACUCUUAAUCAUUUGAAUGCCCACGUUACUAUGCAAUCGCACGGCGCAAAGCGCACUCCAGAUGAAUUCAAGGAAAUCAGAAAAGAAUGGAAAGCACGAAAGAAGGAGGAAGAAAACCAGCGCAAGGCCGCGGAGGAAAGGGAACGCGCUGUCGUCCAGGGUCAAGGUGGUGAUAAUAGUGCUCCCACUGAUCCAUCGAAUGGGUCGACGGGCCAGCAAGGCCAGCCCACCUCAUACGCUGGCCCCGUUCGUCCGCAGCUACCGCCGAUUGGAUAUCAGUCCGCCGACGGCCAAGUACCGAAUCAAUACGGCAACUCGACUGGCGGUGGACUCGUGUACCCGUCUGGAAAUGGCCAGAUCCCCGCGACAUAUCCCGCCAACUACCCACAUUCGCCCUAUGGACAGGGAAGCCAGAUGUAUCAACAGCCUCCACCACCGCCUCGUGAGUAA